AAAUUGGUCUACAUAUCCUAAUUCACUGACUUGGUGUUUUGAAAAAAAAUAAUGAGAUUGUUGAAAUCUCGUUAAUCCAGUAGUUUAAAUAAAAAUUCAUUAAUGUUUUUAUAUUUGAAAGUUUGAGUUUAGAAGAAAACAAAUUAUGCAUAAAACACAAAUGAAUAUGGACUACUCAUUUUAUUGAUUAAAAUAUUGAUAUAGGAAAAUAUAAGAUUCAAGAUGAAGCUAAUCAGUCUAGUUGAUCUUGAAGUUUCUAUCUUUUAUCAAGAAUUGUCUCACGAUGAAUUUUCUCACAAGCGUAUUUCAAAACGCUUUGAACCGUGAUAAUUGAUAAUUAUAGAGCAUGUUAAGAAAAUUAAACGGUUUGAUGGUUCAUCUUUCAAACAAGACGGCGUUGAUUAUUGACCUUAAGCUAUCAGAAACUCGCCAUUGGUUGAUUUAUAUAUACUUGGACGACAACUGUUUACGACGUACACCACCAAAACUUGUCCUAUGACAUAUAUCUCACAAAUUCUUUUAAAUCUUGAGAGUUUGGUUUGCUUUGUUUAGCGAGGAUCAAGUUUCGAUCAGCAAGAAAAGCAACGUCAUGAGGAGCAACACCAACUAUUCCUUGUCGACUCUUCUCUCACCUCUACUUAUGCUCAUGCUUGCUUCAAAAGUUGUCACUCUUUCGGGCUUGUGCCAAUCCGAAUCAUGUGGAGGUAUUAAGAUUCAGUACCCAUUUGGAAUCCAAGAACGUUGCUAUCUCAAUGAAUGGUACAAAGUCGAAUGCCGAAACUCUACUAUCCCCUUCCUUUCCAAGAUGGGCAGAGAAGUUGUGAAUAUCUCAUUUGAAGGUGAUGAAGAUGGUGGUUACUAUAGUUACCGUCAGUCAUUCGGAUCGGUUCGUGUCAAGAGCCAAAUAACAUCAUUUGGAUGUUCCAGAAAUGGACAAGAGUCUAAACCGGUUCUGAAUUUGACGAACAGCCCAUUUUUCUUUGGGAGAGGGAACAGCCUUGUAGCUGUUGGUUGCAACAGCAAGGCGUCAUUAACUAACAUCGAGCCGGCUAAGUUGGAGUGCGAGUUGAACUGCACUGCGACGUUACCUACAAAAAGCGUCCCGUUUUUAGACAACACCGGGUGUUCUAGCAACGCUUUGUCUUAUGCUUACCGUCCUCAGGUUUGUGCAAAUAACCAAGGGGAAGAAGAAAGAAGCUGUAAUGGUAAUGGAUGUUGUCGUGCAAGUUUACCGGAUGACGCUGAGGCUCAACAGGUGAUCGGUGUUAGGAUAGAGAGCUUUGAUCAGGGAAACUCUACAACUGGAGGAUGCAGGGUCGCUUUCUUAACCGAUGAAGUCUACAUGUCUUCCAAUGCAACUGAACCCCAAAGCUUUUUCGCCAAGGGGUAUUCUACAGUUACAAUAAGAUGGGUCGUUAAGACGACUAAUCUUUCCUUCUUGAACUCCUUAAACUGCAUAGACUCAGAAGAGUACGAUAGUUUACCAUAUAAAACUCAACAAAGAAGAGCCUGUAUAUGCAACAAUAUCACCAUUUCUGGGAGCAACUAUGCAAACUGCGCAUGCAACCGAGGUUAUACAGGCAACCCAUACCUCUUAAACGGAUGCCAAGAUGUUAAUGAAUGCCUUCUAAGCUAUGGAGAGGGCCGAUACACAUGCCAAAAAAGCCAUACUUGCGUAAAUGAGCCUGGAAGUGUUGAUUGUGUUGAAAAGAAGACUGUGGCGAUACUGAUAGGAGUAGGUUCAGGUAUUGGCAUCUUAGUCCUAGUAAGUGGAGUUUGGUGGUUGAGAAAAUUUCUUAAGAAGAGAAGGAUCACUCAGAAGAAAAGGAAGUGUUUCAAACGUAACGGGGGACUAUUAUUGCAACAACAACUAAACACAAGAGAAAGUAACGUCGAGAAGACAAAAAUAUUCACCUCGAGAGAGCUUGAAAAAGCCACUGAAAACUUCAGCGAAAACAGGAUACUCGGACAGGGUGGUCAAGGCACUGUGUACAAGGGCAUGCUUGUAGAUGGCAGAACGGUUGCUGUCAAGAAAUCCAAAGCGGUGGAUGAAGACAAACUAGAAGAGUUCAUCAACGAGGUUGUCAUUCUCUCCCAGGUUAACCAUAGACAUGUCGUCAAGCUCUUGGGAUGUUGCCUUGAGACAGAAGUUCCCGUUCUGGUUUACGAGUUUAUCCCCAACGGUAACCUUUUCCAGCAUAUCCAUGAAGAAUCUGAUGAUUACACAAUGAUAUGGGGCGUGCGUCUACGCAUUGCUGUUGAUAUAGCAGGAGCUCUUUCGUAUCUACAUUCUGCUGCGUCUUCUCCAAUAUAUCAUCGGGAUGUCAAGUCAACUAACAUAUUACUAGACGAGAAGUAUCGAGCCAAGGUGUCAGAUUUUGGUACUUCAAGAACAGUAACGGUAGAUCAAACUCACUGGACAACACUUGUUUCAGGUACAGUGGGAUACAUGGAUCCAGAGUACUACGGAUCCAGCCAAUAUACCGAUAAGAGUGAUGUUUAUAGCUUUGGGGUCGUCCUCGUUGAGCUUAUCACAGGAGAGAAGCCUGUGCUAACGCUUUCUAAUACUCAAGAAAUAAAAGGCUUGGCGGAUCAUUUCAGAGCUGCCAUGAAGGAGGACAAAUUCUUUGAUAUUAUGGAUGCUCGAAUAAGAGAUGCAUGUAAACCGGAACAAGUGAUGGCAGUGGCAAAUCUAGCAAGGAGAUGUUUGAAUUCAAAGGGAAAGAAGCGGCCAUAUAUGAGAGAAGUGUUUGCCGAGUUAGAGAAGAUAUCUUCAUCUCAAGAGGUGAAGACGGAAAAUGACAAUGGUGAUGAUGAGGAGGAAGAAGAAGGAAUGGAUAUGAUAGUCAUGGCUGACUCGUGGACCAUUGGUAUUACAGGUCCAGCCUCUAGUACUGUUGCUUCGUCUUCCUCGUUGGAUGUUGAACCCUUGCUUAAAACACAUGGUCCCGUCCCUUAAAAUGAAAAUAUUCAUUUCCCUAGCUCUUAAGUGAAUAUAAGAUAUGCAAAACCAAACACUUGGUGUGUAUGUGAUUCUUGUUAUUUACUUUCAUGUGUUGAUAAAGGAAUUUUAAAGCCAUUCGUUGAUUUUUGUUUCCCUUCUUGGCCUUUUGAAUAUGAACUCAAAUCGUUUGA